AUGCGCCACGUAGUUCUGGUUGCGUUCGAACCCUGGUACUACAACAUCAGUGCCAGGCGUCUUAACCACUACACCACCUUGCCACGCUAUCCGUACGUGUAUCAGUUUAAUUUAAAAGGCAUUUCGAGGAUUUUUUUUCAAGUGUCUACGUUUUUCAUAAUCGUUCUGGCACUGGUGGACUUGACAACUUGCCUCUUACUCAUCCCGGGAACCAUCUACAUGGAGUACUUUGACUUUUACACGUUCAACGACUUCGUUUGUAAAAGCUACCUGAUGUUCAACAGCAGCAUGAUCCACUUCUCGGCCCUCAUCAUGGUGGCAAUCGCCCUGGAACGAUACUUCUGCAUCUGCCACCCAUUCCUUCGUCUACUAUCUCUCUUCCGGGCUAAAAUCCUCCUAGCCCUGCUGGCUACCGCGGCUACAACUAUAGGCAUUUUCAUUGCUUUAACUCAUCGUGUGUCUUUUCAAGAUGACGUCAUUGUUGCUGGUGCCAUAACAUCGACAAACAACUACAGAAGCGACGGUGGUGAUGGCAAGUUUCAUUUCAGAUCUCCUUCUGACAAAUUUAAUCUUUCUACUCUGAAUGAAGGUGAUGAUGGAGAUGAUGAUGAAGAUGAUGAUGGUGGUCAUGGCCGAGGUUAUAGUAAUAGUUACCUGAUGUUCAAUAAAGACUACAACUACAACCGCAACAUUAACAUCAACCAAAACAACAACAACAACAACGACGUUAACAACAACUUCAAUAGCGUCUACAAUUACAUCGGCAAACACAACAACAUUGUUGUAUCUAAACUCACUAACAGCACCACAAGCAACAACAGCAACACUAACAAUAACAACAGCAAUACUAACAACAACAACACUAACAACAACAACACUAACAACAACAACAACAACACUAACAACAACAACACUAGCAGCGAAGUCAGUGGCGACAACGGCGACAAAAUUUACAUUGGCAAAUGCAAACAAGACUUUUCUCUAAUGAGUUUACAAUUUCAGGAUCAUUUCGGCAGAUUGGUCAAUUCAUUUUUCAUCAUCUACCUCGCCCUGGUCAUCAUACUUUACUCAAUAAUAUACAAGUCCGUAAUGACGAGCAAUAACAACAAUAACAACAAAAACAAUACUGACAACAACAAUCAUUGCAUUUUGUCAUCAUCGCCAUCACACGCAAACAGUAAAGAUACCGUAGUAUAUGAUAGUAAAAAGGAUACAGAUGAUAUAGAUACAACAUUUUUUCUUGCCUGUAGCAGUGCCGAAACUACAUCAUACAUUGUUAAUAUCAACGCCAACAACAACAACAACAACAACAAUGACAUCAUUAAAACCAGCCACAACAACAACAGCACUGACAUCAAUAACAUCAACAACAAAAACCACAACAACAAAAAUACAAAUAACUCAACUACAACAACCACUACUACUACAGCCAACUUCAACAACAUCGGCAACGUCGAUCCCAAUCAACGACAACAACAUCAGCAGCAACAAAAAAACUUGAAAAAACUAACCAACAACAUUGUCUUUAGAAUUCGCCUAAACAGACACAACAACAACAACAACAUCAACAGCAACAGCAACAAAAGCGUAAGAAAGAAACAGACAAUAGACGGAACAAUGCUGGCAAACAUGAAAACGGCCGCCAUGUUGUUUGUGGUGACCUUGGUCUUCUUCUUGACCUUUACCCCUGCCCUGCUGCACACGACCAACAUCAUAGAGGUCGACAAUCAGGUGCUGUUCUAUCUCUACUUCGCUAACAACGUCGCCAACCCCAUCAUCUACUCCUUUAUGAAUGGGAACUUCAGGGUGGAUUUGAAGAAUCUUCUCUGUCGCUCCUCUAGAGGAAACUGAGGAUCAAAAUUAUGGCGUGUCGAUGCUGCGGUGACUGUAAUUAUUUUGAGAUGACGACGAUGAUGAUGACGACGAUGAUGAUGGAGUUGAUGAUGAUGAUGGGGAGGUUUUGAUAAUGAUGAUGUGACGAUGCGAUAUAGUCCGGCGAUGAUUGCAGCAACAUUGGGAACGAUAAAGACGACAAUGACGACGACGAAGAAUAAGAAGCUACUGCCACGACGACAACGACAGUGGCGACAAUGGCUUCAUAUUGGGAAUGCAAAUAAUGACAAAAGCUCUAACAGUUCCGCCAUUUUGUAUCCAAUUCACAUCCUUCAAGUGGGCUGCAAACGUAAACAAAUCGUACCAUCAAAAAACCAGUACGAGGGGGGAAAAGUAAGUAAGACGGAGAUUGUGUUUUCACUUCCGCCAUAAAUCUAUAGAGCAGAAAGAAUUUUUUUUUGUUUUGAAAAAAAUUUUUUUGACAGAGUGUGAAAAAAUAAUU